GGUUAUCGCGUUCUUCUGCUUUACACCGGGGUUUUGGAUCCGCUGCCGCUUCCAUCAUGAGCUCCGUUACGUUAAGCUCAUGUCCGAUUGUGACUGUGCGCAUUAGUAGCAGCCUUAACUCAUUUACUGCGGAGAAGAGACUGGAUCGGGCCUUCACCUUGGCAGAGCUUAAGUGUAAGCUGGAGCUAGUGGUUGGGUCCCCAGCAUCAUGCAUGGAUUUGCAGCUCUACAGUACAGAGAAUGCCUUCCUUCUGAAUCUUGAUCAAGAUGAUGCCCUUUUGGGAUCCUAUCCAGUAGAUGAUGGUUGCAGGAUACAUGUGAUAGAUAAGAGUGGAGCAAGGAUUGGAGAAUAUGAAGACCUCUCUAGGGUGGAAAAAUUUGAAAUCUCAGAAGAUCAUUAUGACAAGAGAACAGACUCUGUACGCUCCUUUCUGAAAAAGAACAGAUUAGGAAAGUUCAAUGAGGCAGAGACACAACAAAAGCAAGCAGAACAGGAUGGUAAGCUAGAGGAAGAGAGGUUAGCCGCAGAAUCUAUCACACAUGGAGCAAGAUGUGAAGUUCGAGUUGCUGGCCAGCCAACAAAGCGUGGGACAGUCAUGUAUGUUGGUUUAACAGACUUUAAACCUGGAUAUUGGGUUGGAGUGAAAUAUGAUGAACCUCUUGGGAAAAAUGAUGGCAGUGUUGAAGGAAAGCAAUACUUCACGUGUAUGCCGAAGUAUGGUGCAUUUGUGAAGCCACAGCAUGUGGCAGUGGGAGACUACCCAGAGGAAGACUAUGGUCUUGAUGAUGAGAUGUGACCUUGCCAACCAGUUUCUUCAACAGUUCAUUUCUACUGUGCCUCCUUAAAUGUCCUUUUCUUCUCUAUCACUUACCUGCUUUACCCCUUAAAGUAUUGAUGUUGUGAAAAUAAGAGUAUGGUUUGAAUUUUAUUGCCUAUUCAUGAAACGCUUAUGUCUCUUUGUUCAACAGCUGACACGGUGCAAUUGUUUUGUUUUUUUUUUUUCAUUUUAUCAGCAAAAAAAAAAGAUUUUUGUAUAUAUACAGUACAUUUUAGGAACCUUGUGUUUUCUAUAUAUUCACAAGCUAGGCAAAACACAAAUACCUUUUUGGUUCAGAAAAUUCU